CGUCAGUGAAUAUAGAAGAUCCUGAUGCUUCUCAAGAUAAUACAAACCCUUCUAUGAUGUAUUUAAAAGAAGAUGAUAAAAAUAAUAUUAAUGAAGCCUAUGUAGAAAAAAGAAGAAAAGUAGUAGAAGAAAAUGAAACUCCUGAAAAUCCUUUACAAGGUCCAAGAUUUCAUAAACCAACAAUUGGUAAAGAUGUAUCAAAAUAUUCAAUUGCUAAAGACUUACAACAAAUUAAGGCAAAUAUCUCUAUUGCUCAACUUGCUGCUGAAAACCCUAAAUAUUUAAGAAAACUAAAAUCCUCAAAUGAAUCUGAUGAAUCUACUGAAUAUGAAGAUGAACAACUUGAAGAAAGAAUCUAUACUCUUAAUCUUUGGCAAGAAAUGAAAAAAGAAAACUUAAAGCAAAUGUGCCCAUAUUGCUAUACAAAAACUAAUGAAGAAUGA